CUCAUCCAGAUCACAUCGAUCCUAGCAACGGGGUUAUCAACCUCCCCUUCCGCGGGCAUGUCAGGGUGCUUAGAGACUGAUACGGUCCCUCACCCAUAAUCCUACAAAAGGGAAGCCCGUCUGACUAUUCUUACCAGCUAUCGCGCUUGCGAUUGGUAUCCUCAUUCCCUGGAACGGUUCACAAUAUCCGACGCCGCUUGCCCAAACCUUUCACCGACUCUCAUUUUACAGUUCCACUUUUCACCUCUCAUUUAGUAUCGCAUGCCUUUACAAACGCCCCAGCUGGCUAGAAUGCUAUCUAAUUUCUUCCCCUCACUUCACUGCAGUUCUUCAGGGCAGCUUACACCACCUCUUCCUCUUCACCACGCGUGUUCCGAAAGAGUAGCGCCAACCCAGCCGCAGCAACACCUGCCUCGACCAUCACCAUGUCGAGUGCCGGGGAAGCCUCGCGAAGCAACGCCCCAGCUCUCAACGCCGUAUUGCAAUUCCUCAAGGAGAAGAUCGAUCCGCUGGACGCCUAUCACUCCACAGCCGACAGCAAGAUCCGCGCUCUCCAAGAACUAGUCGAGCAGCUCUCCGACGCUUCCUCCGUCAUCGACGUCCAGGCAAUCGAAAUCGAGGGCCAUGAACUCGUCGCUGCUUACGAAUCCAACCAGAAGGACUGGAAGGCUGAAAUCGACAACUUCGAUCCGGAGCCGGUGAUUGAAUUUUUGAAAAGUGCGGGGAUAGUGGAGCAGAGGGCCAGACCCUGGAUGGAAAGGCAAUGCGGUGAUAUAAGGCGGGAUUAUACGGACUACGAAGAGGAUUUCGGCGUGGAGCUGGUCAAGAAGUGGUUCAGAAUGCACAUCUCUAUCAGGAAGAGGAUGAUUCAGAAUCGGAUCAGCGGGGAUGACGAAGGCCCGACCAUGAGGAGACCGCUGGCAGUGCUGUGGGAGGAUACAGAGCAACUGGGAGAGAAUGGCGAGCAGGGACGAGAGAUUUGAACGGCAUAUGAUGCGUCGAGCGCUGAUUUGCUGUGAAGUACGCGCUCGGCGACAAGUUAGCCUAUGGUAGGCAAAGAGUGAAGUUGUUUCUACAUGUUCGAGAAGAUCUGUUCUAACUCACUUACGUUCCCUCCGAUGCUCGGAUGGAUUUGUCGGCUGCAGAAUCAAAAUAUAUAGCUCAGGCAGGUACUUAACGGUCCCUCUCUCGUUUUCAAGCGCUUUCUGAACUUCUCGCAGAUACCGAACCUAUGCCGACACACUGGCUCACUUCAGCAAGUAUGAAUACCGCCUCCUAAUGGUGUUCCGCGCACAGUAUAAUUUCAAGACGGCAUUACUGUAGCCAUCGCAUCGAUUUGACGAAGGAGCGGUUCCAUGCUGGAGCUCAUGCUUUAGUUAGGAUAUCUUCAUCGAUAAGAAGAGGUAAAAAUGUACUGGAGGGUUAGAGUUCAUGGUCAAAUGACUCCACGUACAGUGGUUCACACUAUUUCGAUGUGCAG